AUGACAUUAAAAUAUGCAAUUGAUUGUGAGACGGUGGGAUGUGUCGCUGGAAGUUUUUUGGCGCGAGUUUCAAUUGUCAAUGAACAUGGUUUCCCUGUACUUGACGAAUAUGUGAGACCUACAGCCAUGGUGACUGAUUAUAGGAAUAUAACAACGGAAAUCAAGAAAAAUCAUUUGGAAAAUGGCAGUGAUUUACCAACAGUAAGAAAUAAGGUUGCUAAUAUUAUAAAAGGAUGCAUUUUGAUUGGUCAUUAUUUGAAAUUUGAGUUGGAAGCUCUAAGUCUAAGCCACCCAGAGAUUAAUCAACGUGACCUUGCAACAUACGAGCCGUUUUUAAGGAAAUAUCAUUAUAACCCCGUGGCUCUAAAAACACUUGCCAGAGAUGUUCUGGGCAGAUCUAUUCAAGAAGAUGAACACGACUCUAUUGAAGACGCGAGGGCGUGCAUGGAUAUUUAUUUAAAAGUAGCAUCAGAAUGGGACUCAGAUAUA